CUUGACAUGCCUGCUGCAGGAGAUGAUUUGCGAAAGUACUUGAUUGUACCUCCCGCUUCCUCGUCGUCUUCCUCAAGCUCACACCUCAAUCAACUUGCUAGCACACAGCUCGCUCCUGAUUCAAGGCCUGACACUCCCCGCCUCCACAAGCUUGCCAACCGCAAGACAGAGAGCAUCAACAUGGAAGUCGGCCAUGGUGCACAUCCAAGCACAGUCUCAUCAGCGCAUAUCGGCUAUGACGCCGUCACAGAACCUGUGGGUGGCGUUAUGACCAUCGACGACUUCUUGUCCGCGAACCAAGAAGACCAUGAUGCCUUCAUGGCGGCACGAGAGAAAGCGAACGCGCUGCCUACAAAGAAGAGCAAGACAAAGUCGUCAACGCCAGUCCAGCCCGUUGCUGUUGGAACUAGAUCAUCUGAACACACCGUUCGCCUUCAUGACCUGUAUCAGAAACUUGCCAUUCCACAGCCAGUCUUCAUGUACGAGGGAGACAGUAUCACCAAAUUCACCGUCGAAAUUAGCUUUCCUGGGCUUGCUAAUGCUGAGGAGCUGCAGGGCCUGAAAGAAGAGGGUCGGUUCAACAGCAAACAAGAAGCCAAGGAAGCAUCGAGCAAGUCGGCACUGGCCAUAUUGGAGCGGUUGGUAGAAGAAGGCAGAGUCACUAAUGCAGGCAAAACAAAGAAGCCAAAGGGAGAAUCUGCACAGCAGCUGCCGAAAGAGAAGGAAGAGCCGGGCGAGAACUUUGUUGGUCAACUUCUCGAGUUCCAGCGCGCGGCUGGUGCGCCUCAGCCUACCUACAAAGACUACCAACUCGGCACGCGCUGGGCCUGCCUCGCAGAAAUCGAGGGCCACGACCAGCCCUUCAGUUCCCUCGACGCCCUCUUCGGUUCCAAAAAGGCCGCGCGCCAACACGCCGCCGGCUGCGCAGUAGCCCACUUCAAGAGCGCCGGAAUCUGGCCCGCAGAGUUCACCGACGUCGGCGGCAUCAAGAAACGCAAAGCUGCCGCCCUCUCACCCUCGCUCUCCUCUCCCAACAGUGGCAAAGCCAGCGUAGCAUCCACCAGCACAGCAGGCGUGGCAUCAGCAACGGCCCAAGUCACGUCCCUCGCGCACAUGCUCAACCUCAGCACCCCAGAGUACCGCUUCACGUACCCCGACCCCAGCGUCGCCGAUAUCCACACCGUGUCUUGCUAUUUCAAGAACGGCGGCGCGCACGAGGGCCCGAUCGGCGAGGUGCGCAACAUCUUUGGGAAGAAGAAUGCGAAAAAUGAGUGUGCUAGGAACACACUGGCGUAUCUGACCGAGGUGAAGAGGCAGCGGGAGGAGAUUGCGAACAGACUGAUUGCGGACAUCAAGGGUGGCGCUGGGGUCGCGAGUAUGGGCGUGGGCAUGGCGAUGGAUGGCGAGGAGGGAGCCAAGCAGAGGAUGGGGAAGAAGCAAGGCAGUGAUGAUGACCUGGACAUCUAUGAGGAUGCUAUGGAGUACUGAGUUGAAACGUUUGCCGGGUUUCGGGAUUGGUAAUAUUCCUUUCUUGGAGGACUGGAUGGACUUUCUCAUUGCUUGAAGUUCGGGACAGCCAUUCAAUUCCGUUGUGAUCGAUAGUAGGUACAAUGGUGGUUUUCAACCGAAUAUGACCAAGUCCAAGCUGCUCUGGCAAGUGAAGCAUCGACUCCAAUGACGGGUACAACCC